AUGGCAGUUAUGCUUUUGGUUUUUGUACUCCAGCUAAUGAAAAGCUUUGAGGGUUUAUCUGGAGCUGAACAUAAGACACUAUGCAGCUCCAAUUCCUGCUUCACACUGCAUAUGGAGAAGGUGAGCUUUGAAGAGGCAAGUGAACGCUGUUACCACAAUGGAGGUUAUCUGAUGUCCAUCAGAGAGAAAAGAGAAGAGGAUUUGUUGCUCGAGCUUCUUUCACAGAUGAAAAAUCAACGUCAGAACAGAUCAGUACAAUUUUGGAUUGGAUUAAAACUGCACAGAGGGGACUGUGUUUUGGCCCACAAGACUCUCAAAGGAUUUAAGUGGGUAUCUGGGGAGGAAGAUUCCCACUACUCUAACUGGGGAAGAGAUCCUACCAGCACAUGCACAACGGAGAGAUGUGUAAGUGUUCGAUACACUUCAUUAGGUCAGACACAACUAAAAUGGGCAGAUGGAUCUUGCACAGCCCAUGCUUUUUAUGUGUGUAGGUUCUAUUUUAGGGGAAUGUGUAAACCCUUAGCUUUGUUGGGGCCUGGGCAAGUAACCUACACAGCACCCUUCUCAGAAGAGAAACAGAGAAAUGAAAUGCAACUAUUCCCCCUUGGAACAUAUGCUGAAACUGUAUGUGGGGACAAUAAGUCUCACUUUUCCGUGUGCAGGGAGACAGACAAUUUCUUUCACUGGACGGACCCAGGUCCAUUUUGCAAAAUGGAAAAGCGCAACUGUACAAUUAACAAUGGUGAGUGUGAACAUUUGUGCUUUCAGGAUGCAGAUGAGGCACAAUGCAUUUGCAAAGAAGGCUACAACCUGAAUGAAGAUGGACUCACCUGCAGGAUGAAUGACAUGUGUGGGUUAGAUACCUGUGAUCAUCAGUGUGUAAUUGGGGAGUCUGGGUACUCCUGCAAAUGUCCGGAUGGCUUCAAACUAGAUGAGAACCAACACAACUGCUCUGACAUUGAUGAGUGCCAGUCACAGAUCUGUGGGAUUCAUUUGUGCAUAAAUACUCAUGGCAGUUACAGCUGUGUGUGUAGAGAUGGUUAUGAAAUGGUUGAGGGUAAAUGUAAUGAUAUUGAUGAGUGUGUGCAGUCAAGAUGUGAACACCUCUGCUCAAACACUAUUGGAUCCUUUUUCUGUAAAUGCAAUGAAGGCUUUACGCUAUCUGAGGAUGGCUAUUCAUGUGUGGAUAUAAAUGAAUGUAUCAGUAGUCUUUGUCAUCACCAGUGUGUCAAUACUGAAGGCAGUUUCUUGUGCACCUGCAAGCAAGGCUUCAAGAUGGAGACCAAUGGAACUACUUGUGUUCCAGACAUGACAAUAACAGCAGCUGCUUCACCGGAUGAUCAAGCCAAAGCAGAAACACAAGAAAACCUGACAGAAUUUUUAACCAGACACUCAAAUGAGCUCCAGUCCCCCUACACACCACUUUCAGAGUCUGUUAAUGUUACCUACAGUGAUCAGCAGAACAACAAUAUAUCCUCUUUGACAAGUCUUGCCAAAACAGUAAAUUCCAGGGUGAUCAUCUGUGUCCUUGGUUCCGUAAUUCCUUUGCUAAUUUUGGUCACAGUGGCUGCAGCCAUUGCAAUUUUUAGAUGCAGUCAAUCACAAAAGAAAGCCAAGAAGAAGGCAACCACUGAUGGCUAUUGUUGGGUGUCUUCUGGUUUGGAUCCACGUUUGGAGAAACUAUAUGAGUCCAUCUUGACUGAUGACCUGUGA